AAGUGCCCCCCUGUGACUCUUCUUCUCGGGCAGUUUUCCGGUAGAACAGUUUGUCAAUAAAAGCUUUGAACGUGAGAAACUUUCUCUUUGUUCUGACCACGUGGUUUGUGGCGCGUUGAAAACUUCCUCUCCGUGAGUCGCGUCACGGUUUGUUCCAACAUGGCGGACGCGGAUGAAGUCGCCCGGCUGUGCUACGAGCGUCUGGAGGCGCUGCCCCGCAGAGGGAGGCCCGAGGCCGGCAGAGAGUGGACCCUGCUGGCCGCUGUGCUGCAGCGGCGCCGCUGCGCCGCGUCUCACUCAGUAAAGACGGAGGUCGUUUCCCUGGGAACUGGAACCAAAUGUAUUGGACAGACACAAAUGAGUCCUAAUGGUGAUGUCCUCAACGACAGUCAUGCAGAAGUCAUCGCCAGGAGAGGAUGUAUCAGAUACCUGCUCCAGCAGCUGCACGGGGCUGUGAGCGGAGGCAGCAGCUCUGUGUUUUGCCCGUCUGAGGAGCAGGGGAAGUGGAGGCUUCAGCCGGGAGUUUCCUUCCUCUUCUUUACCAGCCACACUCCCUGUGGUGACGCUUCCAUCAUCCCUCUGACUGACAGCCCGUCUGUAAAGAGUCGUGAAGGGACGGAUGCAGGACACUUGAAAAGGAAAUCUGAGGAUCCAAGCGAAGGGCCACACACAAAGAUGCCCCGUGUGGACAGAGAGGAGACGGCAGAGAGGAGGACAGAGGACAGAGAAGACACAAAAACAUCAUUCCCCUCAAAUUCAUCUAAAAGUGAAGAUCCAUCUCAGAGUCACGCCACAGAAACUGUCUCGCAUGCUUCAGCAGAGCUGGAGAUAAAAACCAGAGGCCCCUCCCACAGCGCUGGACUGAGUUGUCAGGUCCCUGAUAUUCACAGAACGGGGGCCAAGUGUGUCCCUGGUGGCCCAGCAGACCCACUGCAGCCCGGGACGGGGUACCACAGCACAGGGGUGCUUCGGGUGAAGCCUGGUCGAGGUGAACCGACUCUCUCCCUGUCGUGCACCGACAAACUGGCCCGGUGGGCCGUGCUGGGCUUCCAGGGUGCGCUGCUGUCCCAUUACCUACAGGAGGCGCUCUACUUCAGCACUGUGGUGGUGGGGAAGUGCCCGUACAGCCAAGAGGUCAUGCACAGAGCUUUGGUGACAAGGUGCUCCCGUGUGACCGACCUCCCGGCUGGUUUCUCUGUGACCCCACCGGUGCUCCUCCAGUCCAGCCUGGAGUUCCGCUUCAGCCAGGCCCAGGCCGAGCUGCAACACCAGGCCGCGCAGGGACGCAUCUCCCCCUGUGGGGCAGCCAUCAGUUGGUGUAAUGUGACUGAACAGCCAAUAGAUGUCACUGCCAACGGCUACAAGCACGGAGUCACAAAGAAGGUGUUGGGCACAGCGAAAGCCAGGUCUCUUCUGUGUAAACUGGAACUUUUCCGCUCAUUCCUGUCUCUGGUUUCAGCCACGGAGCCGUCAGCACGUCCGAGCUCUCUCAGGAGAACCGACCUGCAGACCUACUGGGACUACAAGCAGGCGUCCCGCUCGUACCAGCAGGCCUGGCAGCAGCUGCACAGCCAGGCGUUCCCUCUGUGGCCGCGCAGCAACAGGAAUCUCCUUCUCUUCCACUGAACUCCCUGAAACCUCGGCUGCUCAGAACUUUGCAGAACAGGUCCAUGAAUCUCUGGCUUUACUGUCGCAUCAGAAACGGAAUCAUCUUCAUCAUGUGACACUUUUAAUAAAACGACAAAC